GCAAACCGCCGCCUCCUCUGCUGUAGCAACACUGCUCUUUCAUCCUUCCUCCUCCUCUUCUUCUGCCGUCUGUGCUGUUGAUCGCCAGUCUGCAGGAGUCUUCUACGUCUCCACAGGAGUCAUUCCUUCUUCUUCACAUUAUUUCCUGCCUUGAUUUUGGACGAAAUUUGGGAGAAUCGUGGAGAUGAUGGGCAACAAGGAGCGACGUGCAGUGAACGUGAAAGGCUUACUGAAGAGGAACUGGCUGCUUAUUGCGACGGUUCUGUCGGUGCUGAUCGGUAUCAGUUUGGGCGUUGUGGUGAGGGACUAUGUGUCCCUCUCCCAUCUCCACAAGCAGUAUUUCGGCUUCCCAGGAGAGAUCCUGAUGCGAAUGCUGAAGCUGGUCAUCCUUCCACUCAUCAUUUCAAGUAUGAUCACAGGAAUUACUUUGGUGAUGACGAUCAAACCGGGUGUGUCUCAAGAAGCUGAGAACAUUGACAGAGCAGGGACCACUCCCAAUGUUACUACUGUUGAUACACUGCUGGAUCUCCUUAGAAACAUGUUUCCAGAAAACCUGAUGCAGGCUUGUUUUCAGCAGUACAAAACAAAGCGGAAAGAGCUGGAGCCAGUGAAAGUGUUGAUCAACACCACCACGAUUCCACCUCUUGCUACUACAGUCAUGACAGUUGUAGAGAACAUCACUAGGGAGUAUAAAAUCGUUGGAGCGUAUUCAGAUGGAAUAAACGUACUGGGCCUCAUCGUGUUCUGUGUGGCUUUUGGACUUGUUAUUGGAAAGAUGGGAGACAAAGGCCGAAUACUGCUGGAAUUCUUCGAUGCCCUGAAUGAAGCCACCAUGAAACUAGUUCAGAUAAUUAUGUGCUAUAUGCCGUUUGGUAUCCUGUUCCUAAUUGCUGCAAAGAUCAUUGAGGUGGAAGACUGGGAGAUCUUUAGGAAGAUGGGUCUUUAUAUAGUGACUGUGCUGAGUGGAUUAGCUAUCCAUGCCACCAUCUGUCUGCCUCUCAUUUUCUUCAUCAUUGUGAGGAAGAAUCCCUACACAUUCACCGUAGGAAUGGCUCAGGCCUUGGUAACAGCCCUUAUGAUUUCUUCCAGCUCUGCUACCCUACCUGUCACCUUCCGCUGUGCUGAGGAGAACAACCGCAUCGACAAGAGGAUAACUCGCUUCGUGCUCCCGGUGGGUGCCACCAUUAACAUGGACGGCACAGCACUCUAUGAGGCAGUGGCUGCCAUCUUCAUCGCCCAGCUUAAUGACUACCCUCUGGAUGUGGGCCAGAUUGUCACUAUCAGCAUAACAGCAACAGUUGCCAGUAUUGGAGCAGCAGGAGUCCCCAAUGCUGGGCUUGUCACCAUGGUGAUAGUCUUAACGGCUGUCGGACUACCUGCCAGUGAUGUUACAUUGAUAGUUGCUGUGGACUGGCUUCUGGACCGCUUCCGUACAAUGAUCAAUGUUCUGGGCGAUGCUUAUGGAGCCGGGAUAGUUCAGAAACUAUCCAAGAGGGAGUUGGAGAGGAUGGAUCUGAUUUCAGACGUUGAUGUUGCUAAUCCGUUCGCCCUGGAAACAACUCUAGAUGACGAGGAAUGUGAGAAAAAAUCCUACGUCAAUGGAGGCUUCACUGUCGAUAAGACAGAUGCAAUUUCCUUCACAGAAACCUCCCAGUUUUAGCUUCCAGGUGGAUCACAGGAGAGAGAAAUGCCACACAUACAGGAAGGAUGCAACCAGCCCAUCCGAGUUCAGCAACAGCGGCCUUUGUUAAGCUUAGAUGAACAUGAUCACCUGCCAUUUUGACUAUUAAUAACCACUAGAUUCAAGUGCUUCCUUAUCAAUCUAAAGCUGUGCCAAGAUUUUGAAAAGCCACAUUUCUUUAGAUAAGACUGAAAAGCUUCUUGCAAAGAGCACUUUGUCAAUAUAUCCUCCUGAUGAUA